UUUCUAAUCACAAUUAAUGAUUGACAAAUGAUCGAUUAAAUUUAUUGUCAUUUUAAUUUAAUUGUUUAAGGAAAUUAAUUGUGUUUUAAAAGAGAUUUUCAAUUGUUUAUUAAGAGAUUGCUCUUGGUUGGAACUUUAUGUAAUCAUUUUAUGGAAUUUCGUUUGGAAUCGAUGAUCGAUCUUUUCGUUUAAUUAAUGGAGUUAAAGGUUGUCCUUCAUUUAAGAAAUUGAUCUUAAUCUGUUUUUCUUUGAUUGUGAUUGAAUUGAUUUGUGUCCAAAGAGAACAAUUGAAUCUAUUGAAUUGGACAACUUAACAGUGUUCACCUUCAAUAUUUUUGAAAAAGGUAAAAUUAUCCUUUCACUUAGAAGGAUAAUUAAUUAGUUUGAUUUGUCAAUAUUGACCCAAUGAUUAGUGUUUCUAUUAACUGGUUAAAGUGAUUCCAAUGCCUAGUUACCCAAAUGAAGAUGAGGUUCAACCAUGUACUCAAGGGAUUUUGACCGAUAAAUUCAACGCUGUCCACUUGAUGACGGCCUCGCAAUUGGCUGCGAUCGCUUGUACCUUCUUGUGUCCCAUUGCCGCUGAAUAUGGGAUAAUCUACCUGGUCGCAGCUCGAAUGGCCCUUGGCUUAGCCCAUGGGUUAUUGUUCCCUUCGUGUUAUAUACUCAUGGAAAGGUGGUUAGUAUCCACGGAAAAAGCAUUUGCCCAAAGUUGUGUUGCUGUUGGAUCAAAUUUCGGCAUAGUAAUUAUUAUGCCGUUAACCGCUUGGUUAUGUGAUAAUGGAUUCGCGGGUGGUUGGCCUUCAGCAUUUUAUGUAACCGCAGCGGUCAACAUUUUAUUCAUAAUUAUCUGGAUAAUCACCAUGACUCUUGACCCUUCGGCUAAUCGUUGGGUAUCACAAUCAGAGAAAAAUUUUCUCGACAAAAUGACCAGUGCUAAAGUGGUCAAAUCAAAGAUCACCAAAACCCCAUGGAUUAGCAUGUUAACCUCUUUACCUCUUUGGUCAGUUAUGAUAACUCGUGGUAUCAAUGGGCCAAUCUAUUAUGCGAUUAACACAAAGAUACCCAUUUAUAUGGAAAUGGUUCUAGGUUAUCAAUUACAAGGGAAUGGAUUAAUUAAUUCACUUUUUUAUGUUGCAAUUUGUUCAACUCAAUUAAUCUCUGGACCAAUGGCGAGAUGGGUGAUUGGUAAAAAAUGGUUCUCUAGGACAGUUACUCGAAAAAUAUUUGAGUCGAUUGCUCUUUUUGGUACUGCUCUUUGUUUGGGUAUCAUACCAAGUCUUGGAAAUCGACCUGACGUGAUUAUAAUUGUUCUAAUCGCAAGUAUGUUCUGUAAUGGAUUUACCAUUGGAGGUGAUACACCGAUAGUCAUGGAAAUGGCUCCGCAUCUUGUUGGUACUGCUUUUGGUUUCGCUAAUACACUUGGUUGUGCUUCGGGUUUUAUCGCCCCCGUGAUAAUAGCAUCGAUUAUUGAUGAACAAGUUCAUUCUCAAAGUCUAUGGAAUACAACAUUUUAUACUUUCGCUGGGUUACAAAUGAUCGGAGCUUUUUCAUUUUUAACCUUUGCCACAACGAAGCCUCAACCUUGGGGAACAGUUGAAACGCCAUCAAAACCAAAGGAUAAAACGGAAAUUAACUCCAAAUCGGAAGAUCUGUACGAUAUUUCAUCCAAAGUUUAAUCCACUGUUAUAAUCCAUCAAUACCUCAGAUCAUCUCUAAUUGUAGAAAUUAAUUACAAUUUUAUCCACUCGCAAUUUCAUUCAUGCAAUCAUAUCGUUGAAUUAGUACCCGUUAUUCAAUUAUCAUCCCCACUCAUCAAUUUCAUUAACUGUCCUGUUUGAAACAAUUAAUAUUGAUAAAUGGAUUCAUUUGUAUACAACA